UCCGUAUUUCAUACAUUUACAAUUUUGAGUUGUUUCCUAGCACAAAGAAAAAAUUAUCCUUCAAGGCCGUAUUUCAAUUUUUAAAGGUUUCUUCACUCUUAAGAAAAACAUUAAGUCUCAAUAUGAAAAAUGGAAAACUCGAGUAAUCAAAAAGUAUACUUUCAGCUCUGCAUGUGUAAUCUAGUAGUAUUUUUUUCCUUUCUUGCAAAUCUAAAACUAUUUUUUCCAUUUUCUAGACUAAAUGUGUUAAAUGGGCUUGCCAACAAAAUGGAUGAUAUGAAGAAGAUAAACACAGAUACUUCUGGUGCUAAAGAAGAACUCCUAGAUGGCAAUGAUUUUAUCUCAGAGGAAGAGAGUGGAGUUCAAAAACCAAAAGAUUGUCAAACAUCAUUUCAGAAAAACAGUGCAUUGAUUCUGCCUGAAGAACUGACAAAGGACAAAUCUGAAAAAGCCUUAAGCGGGGGCCAGUCUGCUCUGUUUAUACAUGCUGGUGCUCCUACUGUUUCUAGUGAAAACUUUAUCUUGCCUAAAGGAGCUGCUGUUAAUGGACCAGUUUCACACUCCUCUUUAACCAAGACUUCCAAUAUGAAUAAAGGCAGUGUUUCAUUAACCACUGGACAGCCUGUGGAUCAGCCAACAAUAGAAUCUUGUUCAACUUUGAAGGUGGCAGCUGAUCUCCAGCUGUCUACGCCACAGAAUGCAAGUCAACACCAAGUUUUAUUUUUGUUACCUGAUGUAGCACAUGCUAAGAAUCCAACUCAUUCCAUUAAAAAACUACCUACCUCUGCCUCAGUUGGGUGUGACAUUCAGAAUUCAGUAGGGAGUAGUAUAAAGUCAGAUAGCACUUUAAUAAAUCAAGUAGAGGUGGGUGAAGAUAGUGAAGAUUUAUUGGUAAAAGAUGAUAGUGUCAAUCCAGUAACAGGAAUUUCCUCAGGUACAGAUGAAUUUAGGUCAGAAAAUGACACAAACUGGGACCCCCAAAAAGAGUUCAUUCAGUUUCUUAUGACAAAUGAAGAUACAGUAGAUAAAGCUCCAGUACCCUCUAAAGUAGGUGUAGAAAAGAAGAGAAAGCGGAAAAUGGAUGUAAGCAAGAUAACUCGUUAUACUGAAGAUUGCUUCAGUGAUUCUAAUUCUGUACCCAAUAAAUCAAAAAUACUAGAAGUAGACUUUCUAGAACAAAAUGAAGAAAUACAAGCAAUAGACUCACAGAAAUAUGCAUUAUCAAAAGUGAAGCCUGAAUCAACUGAUGAAGACUUGGAAUCUGUGGAUGCUUUUCAACAUCUAAUAUAUAAUCCAGAUAAGUGUGGAGAAGAUAGUUCACCUGUUCAUACGAGCACUUUUCUAACAAAUUCCUUAAAAAAGAAAUGUGAAGAGAGUGAUUCCGAGUCCCCUGCUACUUUCAGCAACGAAGAGCCAUCAUUCUACCCCUGUACAAAGUGCAAUGUGAAUUUUAGGGAGAAGAAGCACCUCCACAGGCAUAUGAUGUAUCAUUUAGAUGGAAACAGUCACUUUCGCCAUCUUAAUGUCCCAAGGCCAUAUGCUUGUAGAGAAUGUGGACGGACAUUUCGAGAUCGCAACUCACUUUUAAAGCAUAUGAUUAUUCACCAAGAAAGAAGACAGAAGUUGAUGGAGGAAAUCCGUGAAUUGAAAGAACUUCAGGAUGAAGGAAGAAGUGCACGAUUACAAUGCCCUCAAUGUGUGUUUGGAACCAAUUGCCCUAAAACAUUUGUACAACAUGCUAAAACCCAUGAAAAAGAUAAGAGGUACUACUGCUGUGAAGAAUGUAACUUCAUGGCAGUGACAGAAAAUGAGUUGGAAUGCCACCGAGGAAUUGCCCAUGGAGCAGUGGUAAAAUGCCCCAUUGCCAGUUCUGAUAUAGCCCAGAGAAAAACGCAAAAAAAGACUUUCAUGAAAGUCUCUGCCACAGGGUCAUCUAAAAAAUCGGCUACCUAUAUAUGUAAGAUGUGCCCUUUUACCACUUCAGCCAGAAGUCUUUUAAAAAAACACAUGGAAUACCUACAUUCAUCAUCAUGCAUUGAUUCAUUUAGCAACCCCCUUGGGCUUGACAAAAGAAAAAAUGAUAUCUUUGAAGAACCUAUAGAUAUUAGCACUAAACCAUUAAUUAAACAACAGUCAACCACAUUUCCAAAGAAUUCUGCUCUAAAACAAGAUGUAAAGCGAGCAUUUGGAUCAGCCUCACAAUCAAGUAAUUUUUCAAAAUUCCAUAAGCGGCCACACAGAAUACAAAAAGCUCGGAAAAGCAUCGUCCAGUCAGGUGUAAAUGUGUGCAAUCAAGAUAAUUCUCCUAAGACUGUUAUGAAUCAAAACAGCAUUGACCAAAAAACUAAGUAUUUCCAUCAAGCAGCAAAGGAAAAAUCGAAUGCCAAGACAAAUAGCAACUAUUUAUAUAGACACAAAUAUGAAAACUACAGGAUGAUUAAAAAAUCAGGUGAAUCAUAUCCUCUGCAUUUAAAACAAGAAACUAGUUCAUUAAAUUCUUUACAUUUAUUUUCAUCAUCAAGUAAUUCUCACAGUGAUAGUUUUAUUUCAGAUUCUAAUAACUCUGACACCAAAAGGCCAGAAAGCUUCAAAGAACAUAGGCGUGUAGCUGUGAAGAGAGUAGUUAGGGAAUCUAAGAAGGAAAGUUCUGUUGAAGGAGAAGACUUGGAUAGCUAUCCUGAUUUUUUGCAUAAAAUGACAGUUGUUGUUUUGCAAAAGCUUAACUCUGCUGAAAAGAAAGAUAGCUAUGAAACAGAAGAUGAAAGUUCAUGGGAUAAUGUUGAACUAGGUGACUACACUACGCAGACAAUAGAAGAAGAAACCUAUAAUGAUAUUAAUCAAGAACAUGUAGACUUAUUCCCUCUAUUUAAAAGCAAAGUAGAAAGUCAAGAACCUGAAGAAAGCACGACCCUUAAUUAUGAUCAAAAUGAUGGUUUUUACUUUGAGUAUUAUGAAGAUACAGGAGCUAAUAACUUUUUGCAUGAGAUACACGAUCCUCAGCAUUUAGAAAAUGCAGAAACUUCACUGUCAAAGCAUGGCUCUGUUUUCCAUUGGUCUGAUUUGUCUCUUGAGAAGAAAUCUUGCCCUUAUUGCCCAGCAACCUUUGAAACAGGUGUUGGGUUGUCAAAUCAUGUUCGGGGACAUCUUCACAGAGCAGGAUUAAGCUAUGAAGCCCGUCAUGUUGUAUCACCAGAACAAAUAGCUACAAGUGACAAAAUGCAGCAUUUCAAAAGGACUGGCACAGGGACACCUGUUAAACGAGUUAGAAAAGCUAUAGAAAAGUCUGAAUCCACUUCUGAACACACUUGUCAACUCUGUGGUGGUUGGUUUGAUACCAAAAUUGGUUUAUCAAAUCAUGUUAGAGGUCACCUGAAAAGACUGGGAAAGACCAAAUGGGAUGCUCACAAGUCUCCAAUCUGUGUUCUGAAUGAGAUGAUGCAAAAUGAAGAAAAAUAUGAAAAAAUCUUAAAAGCAUUGAACAGUCGUCGUAUUAUUCCCAGACCAUUUGUUGCUCAGAAAUUUGCAUCCAGCGAUGACUUUUUAUCCCAAAAUGUUAUACCUCUUGAAGCAUACCAUAAUGGCCUAAAGACUGAAGCUGUAUCAGUGUCUGCAUCAGAGGAAGAUGGACUGAGUUUCUUAAAUGAAUGUGAUGAAACAAAACCAGAACUGUCUAGUGGGAAAAAGUCUCUUACACUGAUAGAACUGCUUAAAAAUAAAAGGAUGGGAGAGGAAAGAAAUUCUACUUUCUCUCCUCAAAAGAUCCAUAAUCAAACUGCAAGAAAGAGAUUUGUUCAGAAAUGUGUACUUCCGUUAAGUGAAGAUAGUCCAUUGAUGUAUCAGCCACAAAAAAUGGACUUAACUAUGCACUCAGGUAUGCCUGUGAAGCUUAGAACAUGUGUGCAUUGCAAUACGACGUUUACAAGUGCUGUUAGCCUAUCCAACCACUUACGCGCUUAUGCACGAAAGAAGAGUGCUGGACUUUUGACUGUUACAGCCUUAGAUUGUAAGCAAAAGAAAUCAAGGUCAAGAUCUGGAAGCAAGAAAAAAUUGCUAACGUUACCUCAUGGUGCUGACGAGGUUUACAUUCUCCGCUGCAGGUUUUGUGGCCUAGUCUUUCGAGGACCAUUGUCUGUACAGGAAGACUGGAUUAAGCACUUACAACGGCACAUUGUAAACGCUAAUCUUCCACGGACUGGAGCUGGCAUGGUGGAAGUCACGUCACUACUUAAAAAGCCUGCUUCCAUUACAGAAACUUCAUUUUCUCUACUAAUGGCAGAAGCAGCUUCAUAGAACAAGGAAACCUUUUAACUAGCAAAUUUGAAUUGGAUGUAAAUUUGAAAUUCUUUCUUUUUUUUAAAGCCACAUUAAAUUAUUCGUUUAUAAAUACUAAAGCAGGAAAAUGGGGAAAAGCGAAUUACAGUAAACAGCGCAAAUUGAGUACUUAAAACAGUAAGUAGUCUAUAUAUUUUAUAUAGGGUGGAAGAUGUGUUUUUAAGGUUUACUACGUUUUGUCACUUGUGUUCACUCGAUAAAAGAUAACAUGUAAGCAGCCAUUUAUAAACUGUUGUACAUGGAUACCUAUUGACAGACUUAUUGGAAAAUUAUGUUUUCUUCAGUGUUACCAGAAUCACGGCUGUGUUUAUUCCCCACAAGACUUGCAUAGCAAAAUAAGAUAUUAUAUUUUGUUUGUAUGUACUUAGUGUUUUGUAUAAUACCAGGAACCGCUAACUAAAUUUACUCAACUUAGGGCAUUAAAUAUCAUGUACUUCAUAGUUUGAGACUGUUCACUCAAAUAGGGCAAUGAGUACUAUUCUAUAUAGAUGUGUAAGUGUUUUUUUUUAAUCACGAAACGGUUUUUUUUAUACUAAAAAGUGGAGGGAGAUUUGUUUAAACAAAUAUUUCUAAAAGAAAUAUGUACAUAGUCCUGGAAAUUAUUUGUGGUAAGGAAAUAUUCUUUACUCCAGUUGCAUUUCUCAGACAAUACAGUGGUGCAUCCAUGCUACCUCCUACUUUGUCAACAAAGAUGCUAUUUACCCUUUACAUUUUUGUAUCAUAAUAGAUUCUAAAAAAAUCUAAUGUUCUUUAUUGCAAGACAUCCUUUUGUUAACAGACUUGUUGCUCUUUAAUGUUUUAUCUAAAAUUUGACAUGCUUACAGGACAGGUUUGCCUCCUUAUUUAACAUUGUAGAAAUGUAAUUAAUAAAUGAUGCUCACUACACAAUUUAGAAUAGACUUUCUCAUUUAUAUUCUCUUCCAAAUUUGAUCAGUUAGCAAAACUUAAUACAUCGAUUGACAUAUUUCUACUUAUGAUGAGAAUGUUUACAAUAUAAAUUUUAGAACUUGUUUUGGAUGUAAUUAUAUGUACGAAAAUCAUGUAACACUAUGCUCAUGCUAAGAACCGACAUAAUGGAAUUAAUGAAAUAAAUGUGCUGUGAGGAAUGGAAAAAAUGGUGCAGGUGUCUUGGUCAUGAUAAAUUGUGAUUUUCCUUUUGAACUCUUUCCAAAAACAAAUUAGUUCCUUUAGUUUGAAAAUAGAUUAUUUUAUAAAAAAGGGUUUUUGUAUGCAAGCACCAUUUCAUUUUAUUUCAUGUACUGUGGCUAAUACUAUAGUUGAGCCAAGGAUAUGCAUCGAUACUUUCUUCAUCUGUAAAUAAAGUUAAAAACAGUGAAAAUCAGGAGUAUUUUGGUAGAGUAUAUAUACAUACCUCACUGCCAGUGAAAUUGCUUUCCUAUGGUAUAUAUCUCCUUACCAGAAAAAUCUCUAAAUAAAAAAAAGGCUUAAAGAAAACCAUAAUGUCUAUAAUGUGAAGCAUUUUUUAAAUUUUUAUCAUUUCACAGGUGGAAGUAGUCUAUUUGAGUGUGACUUUAAUUUGAUUUGAAAUGUUUCUAUUUAGGAGGUUGCUUUAUUCACAGGACAGUUUUGCCAGAAGCACUGCAGAUGUCAGUAUAUAAUGUCUUUGAGAUAGGUCAUGUUUUACUUUAUGACUAUUCAAACCUCUCAUUCCAGAACCACCUUUUAGGUAAAAUUAGGAAGUCAAAUUAGUCAAGGUUUUUUAGAGUAAGAGAAACUAUAGAUUUGGCCAUAGGAAGAGUAAAGAUUGAGAGAGUUGUGGCACAGUGUCUACUCAUAGUCUGGAGACAGAAUGCUCCCUAGGGAAAACGCCUUUUCGUUCUUAGGAUCUUCACCUGAUUGGUUCACAUUUACCCACAUUGUGGAAGUGAAAGUCACUGCCAUCUAGUCACUUCCAGUUCACAGUAACUGUACAGGCCAGAGUUGAGCUGCUCCGUGAGGUUUCUGAGGCUGUCAAUCUUCACAAAAGCAAACUGCCUUACUUUUCUCCCUGGGGUGGCUGGUGUGAGUUGAACCACCAACCUUUCCGUUAUACAACUGUUUAACACCAACCGAUGUAAUCACAUGUAACCACUUCAUAAUAACAGUAACUAGACUAAUGCCUUUGCUAUUCUACCUACCCAAGUUCAUACUUAAAAUCACACGGUACGAGGUCAGGGAAAAGCAAUUGUAUGUUAUUUUCAAAUUUUCAGGAGAUUAAAUGGAAAUUGUACAUUUGCCCAUAAUGAUAAAGUAUUAGGUUUAGUUGGAAGACAUUAAAGAGUCAUAAAGAAGACAUUCAAAGAGUUCAUGGAAAAAUUCCAUAUCUUGUAGCGCCACUUCUCCAUAAAUUCUUUGAAGUGGAGUUCAACAAAGCAAAACUAUAACCUAGGGUUCCUGGUGGUACGGUUAGCAGUCACGAGGGCCCUUUUCAACGCGAAUCUUUACAAUUAGCAUGAUUUUAUCUUGUUGAGCCAACUGUCAACAUGUGUGAAUAGAAGUACAUAGUUACACUUUGUAAGUUUCAGAGUCAAAUCUAAAUAGUUUGUUUUUAUUAUGUUGAGCUAUAUGUAAAACAUUUAUUUCUCCUCCUAGAUAUAAAAUAAUUAAAUCAUCAAGAGAAUAAAGUCAUGUUAAACAUGAGGAAUUCCAGAAAAGUAAAGUAAACAAAGAGCAUUUUUCAUAAUAAGGAUAUUGGAGUGAUACAUUUUAAAGAAUUCUUUAAGAAAUAUUCAAAGUUUUUUAUUUUUUAAAAAGAAAGUUAAUAUAUUUUCAUUUGGCUUCCAAUAGAAAACUAUAAAAUAUUAUCACAAGGAACAUUGUAGUUCUUCAUGUUCAGAAUUUGACUACAUUAGUUAAUACUCAGUAUUAAUAAAUAUCUUUUUAAUUUAAUUUUUUUCUUUUUAAUUUUAUCAUUGCUUAGUAGUUGAGCUUCUCUGUAGCAUUAGGUGUUUUCAUUUUUGUAUGUUUGUUUUGAUUUAGUCAGUAAGAAAGGUUGAGUAUUGACUAGCAAGCCAAAAAUAUUUUCUCCAAAAUGUAAUAUUUUCCACUAUUCUUCUUUAUUGUACAUUAAAACUAUGGCAUGAAUCAUGUCUCUGUUUGAGAUUUCACUCAUAUAAUUAUGGCUUUGGAUGAUUGCACAUAUUUGGUAGUAAUUUCAUAAGAAAACGUUUCUGAAGAACAUAAACACAUAAGCUCUCAGGGACUGUGCAGUUGGAGCAUAUCAGUCCAAUGGAUAACUGGUGUUUUCCUCAUUAUGAAAGUCAAAACUAUAUGCUCAUUUUAUGAAUAUUAGAAAAAGUGGGGGGAAUCUCCUGUGGUAUUAUCAAAGACAACUACUUUUUAAAGUUUGGUACAUUUCUCUUGUCUUAUGGUUUCAAUAUCAUUAUGAUCAUAAUGUAUUAAAUAUCCUGUUUGCUAAAGCCUUUUAAGAUUUGAGAGCUGCAUUAUAGAGGGAGGUGUGUACUAUGUUGGUGUUAUUUUGAUUAUCAAAAAUACUCAAAUAGUGGAAUGCUUACAGAGACAACAAUAGUAAAUAAAACUUAUAGAAUUGA